CAUUGGUUUCAGGUGGAAAUUCUAGAUAGCAGAACAAGGCGGCAGUUGUGCUUUCUAGACAAGGUAGAACCUAAUAUUACAGUUAGUGACAUAAAGUUGAUGUUCCACAAGUGGUAUCCUAAGUGGUAUCCAUCAAGACAGUCGAUACGGUUAGAACCCAAAGGCAGAUCACUGAAGGAUGAAGAAAUACUGCAGGACCUACCAGUUGGCACAACAGCUACAUUGUAUUUCAGGGAUAUGGGCCCUCAGAUUAGAUGGACUAUGGUUUUCAUACUAGAAUACGCAGGCCCCCUUGUUAUAUAUUUAUUAUUCUAUUUCCGGUUGCCUUUCUUGUAUGAGUUAUCUAUGACGCUUACAUCCAGUCCACACUCUGUAGUACACUUGGCAUGCUGUUGCCAUUCGUUCCAUUAUAUUAAAAGAUUGAUUGAAACCUUAUUUGUUCAUCGUUUUUCCACUGGGACAUUGCCUCUGAAGAGCAUGGUUAAGUACUGCAUUUACUACUGGGGAUUUGCUGCAUGGCUGGCAUACUACAUAAACCACCCUCUUUAUACUCCACCACCAUAUACAAAAAGGCAGAUGAGUUUGGCCAUAUUCCUUUUUCUGAUGUGUGAAACUGGUAACUUCUCCAUCCAUGUAGCACUGAGCAAUCUAAAAGCAGAUGGUUCAAGAUCAAGAAGGUAUCCCAUCCCAACACGAAAUCCAUUUACAUGGUUAUUUUUCUUUGUGACAUGUCCCAACUACACCUAUGAGGUGGGAAGCUGGAUUAGUUUUCACAGUGAUAACCCACUGUGUCCCAGUUGGAGUAUUUACACUGAUUGGUUUUAUUCAGAUGAUCAUCUGGGCAAAGGAAAAGCAUAACAGAUACAUCAGGGAGCUCAAAGAUUAUCCAAGACUACGGAGGGCAAUUAUCCCCUUGUUGCUGUGA